AUGUUUGAUAAUGGACGUACAGAUAUUGACGACACUGAGCGCGAGGGAAGACUAUCAACGGCAACAAAUUCGGAAAUCACUGUUCGCUUGAAUGAAUACAUUUUUGCAAACAGACGCAUAACGAUAGACGAAAUCUCAAAUGGACUGGAUAUUUCUCAUGAAAGUUUGCAUAAAAUUAUUGCCGAUCACCUUAAAUUUCGUAACGUUUGUGCUCGAUGGGUGCCACGUCUAUUGACGGAGGAACAUAAAGGAAAACGUUUUGAAAGUGCAUUUGCAUUUCUGCAACGUUACGAAACGGAACGAAAUGAGUUUUCGAACAAACCUGUGACUGGAAAUGAAACUUGGGUUCACCACACAGUGAAACGAAACGCAGCUCGCUCGAGUGGAAACAUUGCAGCUCCCCGACACGAACAGUGUCGAACUGUUCCAUCUGCAGAAAUGUUAAUGAUGAGAUGUUGUUUACUAUUUUUCGACAGAGAAGGCGUGGUGCAUACAGAAUUCAUGCCGAAGGGGGCCACAAUUAAUGCAUCUUCUUACUGUGAAACACUAAAACGAGUGCGGAAAUCAUUUAAAAAUCGACGGCCACGUAAACUGUCGAAAGGAAUUGUGGUCCUGCAUGACAGAGCAAGACCUCAUGCAGCAAAACAAACGUGCGAGCUUCUGAAAAGGUUUAGGUGGGAAGUGUGGAAUCCCCCUCUUUAUAGCCCACCUUUCCAAAUUUUGCUCCUGUUUUGUUUUCUUAGGCAGUGA